CUACAGCAAAAGCAAGGAACCCUAAUUCUUUAGUUAGAGAAACUCCGGAAAACGAAGCAGAAGAGAAAAAGAUGAGGCCGAUUCUGAUGAAAGGCCAUGAAAGGCCAUUGACCUUUCUCAAGUACAACAGAGAUGGCGAUCUUUUGUUUUCAUGUGCCAAGGAUCACACUCCAACCGUUUGGUUCGCCGACAACGGCGAGCGUCUUGGCACUUACCGUGGCCAUAAUGGCGCCGUUUGGACUUGCGAUGUCUCAAGGGAUUCAAUGAGGCUUUUAACCGGAAGUGCUGAUCAAACGGUGAAGUUGUGGAAUGUUCAGACGGGAACUCAAUUAUAUACGUUUAAUUUUGGUUCACCCGCGCGGUCGGUGGAGUUUGCUGUAGGCGAUAAACUCGCUAUCAUUACUACGGAUCCGUUCAUGGAACUGACUUCUGCGAUUCAUGUUAAACGCAUUGCUAAAGACCCAACUGAACAGACUGAGGAAUCUGUGCUUGUCAUCAAGGGCCCUCAAGGAAGAAUAAAUAGAGCUGUUUGGGGACCUCUCAAUAGUACUAUCAUUAGUGCUGGAGAAGAUACUGUAAUUCGUAUAUGGGAUUCUGAGACUGGAAAACUGCUUAGGGAGUCUGACAAGGAAUCUGGCCACAAAAAGACAAUAACAUCACUUGCAAAAGCUGCAGACGGUUCACACUUCCUUACUGGUUCCCUUGAUAAAUCUGCUAAGCUAUGGGACACAAGAACAUUGACUCUUAUCAAGACAUAUGGUACUGAGCGCCCUGUCAAUGCUGUUACAAUGUCUCCACUUCUUGACCAUGUUGUGCUUGGAGGUGGCCAGGAUGCAUCAGCUGUCACGACUACAGAUCAUCGUGCCGGGAAGUUUGAAGCUAAAUUCUAUGAUAAGAUACUUCAAGAGGAAAUUGGAGGUGUGAAAGGGCAUUUUGGGCCUAUAAAUGCUUUAGCUUUCAAUCCUGAUGGGAAGAGUUUCUCAAGCGGCGGUGAGGAUGGAUACGUACGAUUGCAUCAUUUUGAUCCAGAUUACUUCAAUAUCAAAAUUUAAUUUUGGAGCAGUUUCCAGUUACAGCUUGUCCUGACCGGAAGACUAAUAAUCUUGGGACUUGGGAUUAUUUAUGGCAGUAAUUUUGUUUAAUUUUUUGAGGAUGAUGUGAAAUUAUAUUUUCUAUUUGACAGCAAAAGGCUUUGAAAAUUGUAGAUCUUAUUUUAAUGCACGUAGUUAGCUAUCUUGUGUUCGUUUUAUGGAAUGAGUAAUUCUGAGCUUUAUUUUUU